ACUCCAGUCCAAGGGAGCAAAGUGGAAGAACGCACGAGUUUGCAGUGAUCACUUCGUUAAAGAGAGAUACAACAAGUCAGCAGACACCUGCUCAGUUGGGACACAAAGACUCCAAGCGCAUGUCAGAAGUACUGGAACUACUAGUAGUACAAAUCAUCUUCUCUCUGAGCAACAGGAGUGGAGCUUCAGGAUGGCGCAGGAGGGGCCACAGUCCUCUCACUUUAGGGAGGGACAAAAAGCGUUAGAGACAUAUUACUUUAAAAAGGAAGAGGAGGACCUACUAAACCCCCAAUCGAAAGAGGAAGGGGCGGCACCACAGCCACCCCACUUUCAAGAAGAGGCGCCACAAACCCCUCACAUUAAAGAGGAAGAGGAGGAACACAGCAUCAGUCAGGAGUUCCCAGUGACUGGUGUCCCUGUGAAGAGUGAAGAUGAGGAGGUCAAAGGUGAAAGUGAGGAGGAGCCUCCAAGUCCACACAUGACAAGAGAAGAUGAUGGAGACCACUUUGGAAGACCACCAGCAGACAAGUUCUUAGCAAGGUCACACUCUCCUGACUCUGAUGAUGGAGACCACUUUGGAAGACCACCAGCAGACAAGUUCUUAGCAAGGUCACACUCUCCUGACUCUGAUGAUGGAGACCACUGUGGAAGACCACCAGCAGACAAGUUCUUAGCAAGGUCACACUCUGAUGAUGGAGACCACUGUGGAAGACCACCAGCAGACAAGUUCUUAUCAAGGUCACACUCUCCUGACUCUGAUGAUGGAGACCACUGUGGAAGACCACCAGCAGACAAGUUCUUAUCAAGGUUACACUCUCCUGACUCUGAUGAUGGAGACCACUGUGGAAGACCACCAGCAGACAAGUUCUUAGCAAGGUCACACUCUGAUGAUGGAGACCACUGUGGAGGACCACCAGCAGACAAGUUCUUAGCAAGGUCACACUCUCCUGACUCUGAUGAUGGAGACCACUGUGGAAGACCACCAGCAGACAAGUUCUUAGCAAGGUCACACUCUGAUGAUGGAGACCACUGUGGAAGACCACCAGCAGACAAGUUCUUAUCAAGGUUACACUCUCCUGACUCUGAUGAUGGAGACCACUGUGGAAGACCACCAGCAGACAAGUUCUUAGCAAGGUCACACUCUCCUGACUCUGAUGAUGGAGACCACUGUGGAAGACCACCAGCAGACAAGUUCUUAGCAAGGUCACACUCUGAUGAUGGAGACCACUGUGGAAGACCACCAGCAGACAAGUUCUUAGCUCCACUAUCAAGGUCACACUCUCCUGACUCUGAUGAUGAAGACUGUAAAGAUGGUCAGACACACUUUAAAUGUUCACACUGUGACAAAACUUUCAAAUACCCUAGUCUUCUGAAAAAACACGCAAGAAUGCACACUGGAGAGAAACCUUUUUUCUGCUCAGAAUGUGGUAAAGCUUUUUCACGGAAGAAUUUGUUGACAGUACACAUGACAACGCACUCUGAGGAAAACCCUUUUUUAUGUCCAGUGUGUGGUAAAGGUUUUGUACAAAGUCACAUUUUCAAAGUACACAUGCGAAUACACACUGGAGAGAAAUCCUUUGUCUGUUCAAUCUGUGGCAAAGGUUUUGUACAAAGUAACAAUUUGACAGUACACAUGAGAAUACACACUGGAGAGAAACCUUUUACAUGCUCAGUCUGUAGCAGAGAGUUUGUUAAAAGUCAGUGUUUGAAAGUACACAUGAGAACACAUUCUGGGGAAAAGCCAUACUCCUGUCCAAGCUGCAACAAACACUUUUGUGAACGAUCAAACCUUGUAAGACACAUGAGGACACACACAGGAGAGAAAGUGUUUAGUUGCAGUGCGUGUGAGGAAAGGUUCUCGUAUAAGUACCAGCUCAACAAACACCAAUGUGCUGCUGGGGACAACAGCAGCAGCAGAAUUUGAAACUGUCAACACUCUGUUAACUUUGACUUUCUAACAUUAUCAACACGUGUGACAUCAUUGUGUGUGGAACACAAUCUUGUUGAGAUGCAUCCCCAUAUUUUGGAUUAGUGCUUUUUGACAAACAAUAUGAUUGAAAAGGUGAGCGUAAACAUUACAAAACAAAUGUUCAUUUGAUGUGUAUGUAGAUAUUCAUGAUCAAUCUUAUUUAUAACCACUUUUUUCAAUAAAGUGUUACAUAUU